GACAGUUGGGCUUUGAAGGGUCCUUUGAGUCCUGGCAGCUGGGGGCCCUCUCAGAAGGUCAGCCCUCUGGCAAGGACACACGUAAGCUGCUCUGUUUUCUCUGAGGCUUUCUGACUGUCUCUUGGGCAGUGUUUGAAGAGGCCAGCGGAUGUGUUUGGGAGUUUGAGACCCUCAGUUUAAUAAAAACUAAAGUGUUGGGUUGGAGUCGCCCAGCGGUUGAGCAGCUGUCUAGUGUGCACCAGGUCGGGAUUCCAUCUCAAGCACCAGGGGGAAAAUGUUUACAGAAGGUGUCACCCACACAUGCGCUCCACACGGUGACACAGUGGUGGAGGGUGUGGAGUUGACUUCAGGGCUGGAUCCCCGCGAAGGGUGACACUUGCUUCUGGAACUGAGGCCUGGGGACCAGGGAAGAUCAGUUCCUGACCCACACCCGGGCAUCUCGCCCAGAACUUCGUGCUUGGCUCCUCUUCCUUGAUUGUCACAGCUUCCUUGCCAGGUGCAUGUGCCUUUUCCACACCUGCUUCCCACCAGAACCCUGGGAGGGGUCCACAGUACCGAGGCGAAGUAGUGAGCGUUCACCAUGGUUUCCCGGAGUAGCCAGUGCUGUUUGUGUGUGUGUUGUAAUAGUCUCGGAAGAAGGGGAACUGCAAGUGGGGCGUAAGCCAACUGUCCAGUUGUAGGACUUAGCUUAGUCCUCCGAGCCCAGCGCCCACUUGCUCCUCCCAAAGGGGUGGGCUUAGCUGUCUGUCUGUAGGACUUAGCUCAGUCCUCCCAGCUCAGCACCCACUUGCCCCUCCCAAAAGGUGCACAGUGGCUGCGGUCGCAGCCCCUAGCCAACAAUAACGGUUGAUCUGGUUAUGGGACCUGGGACAGCAGGACUGGGAGAGCCGGCCAGGCAGGUCCCUGGCCUAGGUGCCAGGGGCCGCCCCUCGUCUCCAGGUCUUGUCCUAUACAGCGAGCCUGUUGUGGUUCUGCUUGAGAAUCACAGGGCCCCCCCAGCGCCUCUGCAGCCUGCGAUAGCCAGGCCAGCUUUUCAGCGCCUCCCAAGAGCCUAGACUUGCUCCUAUGGCCAGCCCUGGGCUGCCUGAAGCUGGGGAGGGCCAGGAGGGAGAGGAGACAACGGGGGUCUCAGCAAGGCAUGGAGCAGAGGUGCUGCAGCAGGCCCAGGAGCUCUUUCUACUGUGUGACAAGGAUGCCAAGGGCUUCAUCACUCGACAGGAUUUGCAGGGUCUGCAGAAUGAUCUUCCCCUUACGCCUGAACAGCUGGAGGCUGUGUUCGAAAGUCUGGACCAGGCCCACACUGGCUUCCUCACAGCCCGGGAGUUCUGUCUAGGCCUGGGGAAGUUUGUGGGGGUGGAGUCGGCCCCAGGAGGGUCCCUCUUGAGGACUUCUGAGGAAACCUUUGAGUCAGGCACAGGGGGCUCUCUGGAGGAGGAGGACGAUGUUGAGACAUUCUACACUUCCUUGGAGAAGCUGGGAGUGGCCCGGGUCCUGGGCGAGCAAUGGGCUGUGAGGACACUCUGGGUCGGGCUGCAGCGCGAGCGACCUGAGCUGUUGGGCUCUCUAGAGGAAGUUCUGAUGCGCGCAUCGGCCUGCCUGGAGGCGGCGGCCCGGGAGCGCGAAGGUCUUGAGCAGGCGCUGCGGCGGCGGGAGAGCGAACACGAGAGGGAGGUGCGUGGACUGUAUGAAGAGCUGGAGCAGCAGCUCGGGGAGCAGCGACACCGCGGGCAGAGCCAGAACCUACCCCGGGAGGAACAGAGAGGCCACCUGGAGCUGGAGCUGCAGAUCCGUGAGCAGGAGUUGGAGCGCGCAGGCCAGAGGCAACGGGAGCUGGAGCAGCAGCUGCAGGCCCGCGCUGCAGAGCAACUAGAGGCGCAGGCCCAGCACAUCCAGCUGCAGAGGGCCUAUGAGGCCGUACGAGCACAGCUGGACCGGGCACAAGAGCAGCUCAGCCGACUGGAGGGCGAAGCACAGGGUCGCCAGGAGCAAACCCAAAGGGAUGUGGUUGCUGUCUCCAGGAACAUGCAGAAAGAGAAGCUCAGCCUCUUAAGGCAGCUGGAGCUGCUGAGGGAGUUGAAUCUGAGGCUUCGAGAUGAGAGAGAUGCCUGUGAGACUAAACUUCUGGGCAGUAGCCACAGGAAGGCUCUAGCGAUUGCCCACAAGCCUGGACCCAUCUACUGCUGCUGCUGCUGUGGCUGGGCUCGGCCCCCCAGACGAGGCUCUGGCCAUCUUCCUAGUGCCCGAUGACCAACCCCAAAUGACUCACUUCCUUAUCCAGAGGACCGGUCCUGGGAGGGACUGGUCUUGGGUGGCCGUUGCUUGCCAAGUAUGUGGCUCUACCCAGAAAGCAUCCCAUGCCUGGAGGAACAAGUCUUAGAGUGGUCAAGGUCUUCAGUCUUUAUCCUGUCUUCCUUCAUCUUUGUCUAAAGGACAAUAAAGGCCAUUGUAUACUGUGCA